AUGCAUUGGGUUGACAGGUGGAUGAAAGCCCAUGACUUGCUGGUAGAGCAGAAGAUUCGAAAGGACCAGCUUGAGAUGACAGUGAGGGAGUCGGGCGCGAUGCUCAGAGAUGGGUUCAGGACUUUCUUUGAUGAGCUUUACAAGCACAGCAUUCCUCUGGUGAUCUUCUCAGCGGGGAUCAGGGAUGUCCUAGAGGAGAUCAUUCGCCAGGCUGGAGUCUUUCACCCCAGCAUCAAGGUGGUCUCCAACUACAUGGACUUCGAUGAGAACGGCGUUCUGCGGGCGUUCAAGGGAGAGCUGAUCCACACCUAUAACAAGCAGGGUGGGGCACUGAAGAACUCCGGGCUCUUCAACCAGCAGACAGGGAGCCAAAACAUCAUCCUGCUGGCAGACUCCAUGGGAGAUCUGAGCAUGGUGGACAGAGUAGAGAACGUAGAGAACAUCCGAAAGAUCGGAUACCUCAAUGACAAGGUUGAUCCAUUAAAGCCCAAUUAUCUGAAAUGGUUGUAA